GCCAUGUCUAUCAAGGUGAGGUAUGGCAUUUUGACGUUUAGAUAUUGAGGGUUGAGUUGGUAUGGCUUCUAAAAGGAGAAGAGAUUCGCCGGAGGAGAAGGAAAGACGUGUUUCUCCGUUCCCUGAUGAAGUCUUGGAACGUGUUCUGGGUUUCGUGAAAUCUCACAAGAAUAGGAGCUCUGUUUCUCUAGUUUGCAAGGACUGGUACAGUGCGGAGAGAUGGAGCCGAACUCACGUGUUCAUUGGCAACUGCUACUCUGUUUCACCUGAGAUUCUUGUUCGGAGAUUUCCCAACAUUCGAAGCGUAACCUUGAAAGGGAAGCCUCGAUUCUCAGAUUUCAACCUCGUCCCUCCCAACUGGGGGGCCGAUAUCCAAUCAUGGCUUGAUGUCUUCGCCUCUGCGUAUCCUCAUCUUGAGGAGCUGCGUCUUAAGAGGAUGACUAUCAUGGAUGAAAGCUUGGAGUUUCUUGCCCACUCAUUUCCAAACUUUAAAGCUCUCUCCCUUGUGAGCUGUGAUGGGUUCAGCACUGAUGGCCUUGCCACCAUUGCCACAUAUUGCAAGAACUUGACUGAGCUGGACAUACUGGAGAAUGGCAUUGAGGAUCUCGGGGGUGGUUGGUUAAGUUGCUUUCCUGAAAACUUCACAUCAUUAGAAAUACUGAACUUUGCAAAUUUGAACAGUGAAGUCAGUUUUGAUUCCCUGGAGAGGCUUGUUGCUAGAUGCAAAUCAUUGAAGGUUUUGAAAGCAAAUAAGAAUGUGACUAUGGAACAAUUACAAAGGCUGCUGUCGCGAGCUCCUCAAUUAAUGGAACUGGGAACUGGCUCAUUCUCGCAAGAUCUCAGUUUUCAGCAGUAUGAAGAACUCAAAAAAGCAUUCAAAAACUGCCGAAACUUGCACACACUCUCAGGUUUAUGGGAAGCCACUUCCCUUUAUCUCCCAGCCCUGUAUCCUGCAUGUGCCAAUCUGACGUUCUUGAAUUUGAGCUAUGCUGCCUUACAAAGUGCUGAACUUGCUAAGCUCCUCCCCAGUUGCCCACUUCUUCAGCGUCUCUGGGUCCUGGACACUGUAGAAGACAAAGGGCUUGAGGCUGUUGGGUCCAGCUGCCCUUUACUCGAGGAGCUUCGUGUCUUUCCUGCAGAACCUGUGGUGGGGGGUGGUGGAGGGGUGACAGAAUCUGGCUUUGUAGCAGUCUCCCGCGGCUGCCGUAAACUACACUAUACUCUCUACUUCUGCCGACAGAUGACCAAUGCUGCUGUGGCUACAGUAGUGCAAAACUGCCCUGACUUCACCCACUUCCGUCUCUGCAUCAUGAACCCUGGCCAGCCAGAUUAUUUGACUAAUGAACCUAUGGAUGAAGCUUUUGGUACCGUGGUUAAGACAUGCAGCAAACUUCAGAGGCUUGCAGUCUCUGGUCUACUGACUGACCUGACUUUUGAGUACAUUGGAAGAUAUGCUAAGAACUUGGAGACAUUAUCUGUGGCAUUCGCAGGCAGCAGUGACAGGGGGAUGCAGUGUGUGCUAGAAGGAUGUCCAAAGCUACGGAAACUUGAGAUACGUGAUUCCCCCUUUGGGAAUGCCGCUCUGUUGUCAGGGCUGGAGAGGUAUGAGUCAAUGAGGUCCCUGUGGAUGUCGGCCUGCAAUGUGACGAUGAAUGCAUGUAGGCUGCUGGCUAAGGAGAUGCCAAGGUUGAAUGUGGAGGUGAUCAAAGAGGAUGAGAGUGAUGACACUCAGGCUGAGAAGGUCUAUGUUUAUCGCUCUGUUGCAGGGCCAAGAAGGGAUGCCCCUCCUUUCGUUCUCACCCUCUGAGAAUAAGCAUAAGCAUGUCUGGCAGGUUUCGCAGAUAAACUAAUGGUGCAUGCCAAUACCAUUGGUAUGGGAUGCAUAAUUAUUGGAAUGGAGAAAUUUAACGAGACUGCGAAACAUGAAAUCUAUUAAACUUGCAAUUUUCCUUCUUUACAUAUUAAACUCGUCAAGAACAACAAAAAAA